AUGGUGGUCGAAACGAGAGGAGAGGGUAAGAGGAAGGAUAAUCCAACGAAGGAAGAGGUUCGGAAAGUGAAGUUUGUAAAGACGGCCUCCGAUAAUAUUGAGAAGACGACGACGGAGAAUGUUGAAUCGACGGGAACGGCAAAGACGAUGGAGAUUGUUGACUCGAGGGAGAAGACGACAGAUGUCUUGACGGAGGUGACGACGGAUGUCUCGACGGAGAAGACGACGGAUGUCUCGGCGGAGAAGACGAGUGAGGACGCGAGGGAGAGUACGGCAGAGAUAACGGAGCCGAGUGAUGUGGCUUUAGAAACUGCUCCGGCGACAGUGAACAAAGGUCCUGCUGGCCCAUCUCCUCCAGCUCCUCCAGCAACUUCGGCGAUUGGGACUGAAUCUGAAGAAGAAGAGAAUGAGGAAACCCCUUCUUCUGGAGAUGAAGAGAAUCAGAAAGCCGGUUCUGGAGAGGAAGAAAAUGAUCAUGACGACCGUUCCGAUGGUUCUAGCCAGGAGAAUGAAGAUGCUGAAGAAAAACAAGAAGAAGCAGAUGAGAAGGAAGAGACUGAAGGUUCUGGAGAAGGAAAUGAUGACGGAGAAGGAAAUGAAGACGGAGAAGGAAAGGAUAAUGAGAAUGAAGGUUCUGAAGAAGAAAAUGACCGAGAAGAGUUAGCAAAUGGAGAUGACAAUGAUAAUCCACCUGAACCCGGGAAUCCACCUGAACUAGAGGUAACAAAUGUAACAAAUUUUCAAUUGAGUGUGUUAAUGCUAGUAAUACUAGGGGAAGUAUAG